AUGGACGUGCAGGAUUUAAGCGACGAAGUCAAGUCGCGAAUCAACGAUCGUAUUCUCGUCGACAGCCCAUUGACCAGUGUCUUUCUGGUGUACAAUAAUCUCUACGAGUUUCGAAUGUGGCGAAAGUCGGUUGACGUGCGAGUAAGCGACUUACGAGCCCUCUGCUCAUCAACAGCACCUCGUGACAUCAUCAUGAACUGUCCGUCUUCAUCGUCCGAUUCGAUAUUUCGUAUUGAAUUACCCAAUGGUAACACUACCGUAAUCUCCCAUGGUAAUCAAAAUCCUCGUGAACUGCUCGAAAAAGUCUGUCUAAAGCUAGCAGUGCAGCCCGAGCUAUUUGAGUUGACUCGUGGAGAUGAUGGUGGUUGGAAACUGUCUGUACGCGAAGAAUACGAAGUUCAUAAGCGUCACGCAAAGCUUGGCCUAACUAUUUAUGCCUAUAAUGACAACGGAGUCAUCAGAGCUGAGGUUCGUGGACUCACUUCUUAUGCUCCAGAAGGAGCAGAUAUCGGUGACAUGGUGGUCAGUGUUGAUGGUAAACUAGUCUCGAAGGUUGGUUCGGCUGCGGACGUUGAACGAAUGCUCACUGAAGGUCGGGUUAUCCGUCUUCGAAAAAACCGGCUUCCCGCAAAGAGCGGCUCCGAGGCGGCAAAGGUUAGCUUAAUUACAGUUUAA